GGAGAAAGUCUCCAUCCGGGCCUUCCCGUCACGGCGGUGGGCGACUCGUCGCCAUUACAAGCUGAGGCGGCGGCGCUGCUGAGGCGGACCGGGCGGCUCCCCUUGGCCGCGAACUCCCCUUCUCGCCACUCUCGAGGCGCAGGCCGGGCCUGGCUUGCGGAGGCCUCGCGGGACCCCCGCGCUCACCCCGAGGCCGCUCCUCCGUCCGCGGGACGCAGGCCCGGCCGCGCCAGGCGGCCAGCCCUCCCUCCGACUCGGACCCGGAGCGUCUGCGGUGGCCGCGCACCCGGCCCGUAUUCCUUCCCUCGCCCGGGCGAAGCCGUGAGAAACAUGUCGCCAUGAGGGUGGCCGAGACGACUGCGCUGCGCCGACCCCGCCGCCGGGCCAUGAGCCUGGGCCUCGGCCCCAGCCGCCAGCCGCCCUCUCGCUCGCUCCGUAGCGGCGCCGCCGCGCCCGCCUGCCAGCGCCAUGGACAAGACCAGCCCCUGCGGCGGCUCAGGCCCCGGAUCCUCCUCCGCGAUGGGAGGCAAAGGGCAGCAGCCCCGCUCUAACUCCGCCGGCCCGGCCGCGGGGGAGUCCAAGCCCAAAGGGGAAGGGAAAAAUGCAAGUGGAUCCAGACAGCGUUAUAAUCGUAAGAGAGAAACUUCAUAUCCCAGAAAUGAGACCUUCCCCAGCCAGUCCCGUCGCUCCUUUUCACAGAAAAGCAAAGCUUUUAACAAGAUGCCCCCUCAGAGGGGGGAGCAGAACAGCGGCAGCAAAUCUUUUAGCCUUUCUUCUAAUGGUGGAAGACGAGAUGAGGUAGCAGAAACUCAGCGGGCAGAGUUCAGCCCUGCCCAAUACUCUGGCCCUAAGAAGAUUAAUCUGAACCAUUUGUUGAAUUUUACAUUUGAACCUCGUGGCCACACUAGCCAUUUUGAUGGGAGCAGCCAUGGCACUUGGGGAAAAAGAAACAGAUGGGAAAACAAACCUUUCAACAAAGAGCUUUUCCUUCAGGCCAACUGCCAGUUUGUGGUACGUGAUGAUCAGGACUACACGGUUCACUUCACUGACCCAGAUACCUUGGUCAACUGGGAUUUUGUGCAACAAGUGCGGAUUUACAGCCAUGAAGUGCCCUCCUGCCCAAUCUGCUUAUACCCACCCACUGCUGCCAAGAUCACUCACUGCGGGCACAUCUUCUGCUGGGCCUGCAUCCUGCACUACCUCUCCCUGAGUGAGAAGACCUGGAGUAAGUGCCCCAUCUGCUACGGCUCGAUUCACAAGAAGGACCUCAAAAGUGUUGUGGCUCUGGAAACCCGUCAGUAUGCAAUUGGCGAUACAAUUACAAUGCAGCUCAUGCAGCGGAAGAAAGGAGCCCUGAUGGCCCUGCCAAAGUCCGCCCUCGCCCGUGUGGAGCAGCCCAUUCACCUGGGGGAUAAGCGGCACAGCCAGUAUUCAAAGCUGCUUCUGGCCUCUGAGGCUCAGGUCCUCCAGCAAGUAAUCUUGGAGGAGAAGAUGGCCCUUGUGCAUCAGUAUGAGGAGGAAAAACAUACACCUGAAGCAUGUUUCAUUGAAGCAGCCCUGCAGGAACUGAAGGAUCGUGAAGGCCACUUGAUGUCUGACGGUGAUGUUCCUGGUGUCACUGCAGCUGUGGAAAAACUACUCCUAACAGAAACUCCUGAGAAAGAAACCGUGGCAGUACCACAGGAGGAAAAGUGCAUUCUAGAAUAUACUUCUGCUUUCAAUGAUGAACUGCUGGCAUCUCCUCCUGCGGCUCCUGCGAGUGGAGAUCCCCCUGCUUCGGAACAUGCAGAGGCGGCGGCAGAUAACAGCGUGGAGAGGAACAUGGACCCCGCAAGCGCAAGUGAAGGAGGGGAAGCCAAUUGGAGUGCAUCUGCCUCUGGAAAACCCAAGGCUGCGUUUGCCAGCAGACACACCCAGAGUUCUCCUUCCUAUUACUUCUACCAAGCUGAAGACGGGCAGUGCCUGUAUCUGCACCCAGUGAACGUCCGUUGCCUCGUGCAUGAAUAUGGGAGCCUUGAGAAGAGUCCAGAGAGGAUCACAGCUACCGUGGUGGAGAUAUCCGGCCACUCCAUGACGGAGGACGUGCGUCAGCGUCAUCGUUACCUCUGCCAUUUGCCCCUCACCUGCGAGUUCAGUACCUGCGAAUUAGCUUUGAAGCCUCCCGUCAUUUCGAAGGAAACCCUGCAGAUGUUUUCAGAUGACAUUGAGAAACGAAAGCGGCUCAGACAAAAGAAAGCACGCGAUGAACGGCGGCGGGAACGCAGAAUUGAGAUGGAGGAAAACAAGAAGCAGGGCAAAUAUCCAGAGGUCCGGAUUGCCUUGGAGAACCUGCAGCAGUUUCCGGCCUUCAGCGCUUGCUCAGGAGAACUUGCUGGCCCUGAGAACCAGAGCCACCUGCUACCGCCUCGUGUUGGGGGAAGUCCCACUUCUCAGUCAGAGUCCUUGUUGACUCCACUGUCAUCUUCCAGCCUUGGCAGUCCCCCAUGCCUUGUUGGAAGUCUGGAGGAGGAUUCUGCCUUCCCCUCGUUUGCCCAGAUGCUGAGGGCUGGAAAAGCCAAACCAGAAGUAUGGAACAGUUCUCAGCCAAAGAAGAAAGGAAUCUCAAAGCAACAUUUUUCAGAGGAGGCCCCCACUGUGGCGCCUCUGGUUCCAGGAGACAGCGAUGCGGAGAGCGAUAACUCGGACCGUGUGCCUGUGCCCAGUUUCCAGAACUCCUUCAGCAAAGCUAUUGAGGCAGCCUUCCUCAAACUGGACAAACCAUCCACUUCUGACCACCUAUUAGAGGAGAAACGGGGCAAGAAGAAGAAGCAGAAGCAGAAGCUGCUCUUCAGCACCUCCGUGGUUCACACCAAGUGAUUUGAUCGGCGGGCAGAUCGCUCCCCCCCACCUUCCCAUCUAUUGGGUUCGCUUUUGUGUUUUUGCUGCUGUAGAUAAAUUAUUUUAGUCCAGACAUGAUCUGUUUCCGGGAAGCAGGGAGGGCUAGGGUUGAUUAAAAAUGGGCAUAGGUGGUUUGUUUGCUUGUUGAUACCAAACCGGAGGAUUGCAACACACACACACACACACACACACACACACACCCUCGGCCAACAGGAUUUGUGCUUUGCCAGGCGGACUCUUGUUUACUUGGCUUGCCAUUGGGCUGUAGAAGGACAACAUCUGGGUGGAGGGUGCACAGCUGCUUUGCCAUUCGGGGGACAGAUUGAAUGCAAUCGGCCUGAGGCUGCAGUGAGCUAAGCGCAACCAGGGGGCUGUUGCUCACACUGUGGACAUAGGGAAGACAUCAGCCAGUAGAGACCUAGAGACACACACCGAUGGCUGUGCCCACUUAAUUAGCACAUGAAUGAGCCAUAGGUUGUGGUGCACGUAACUCAGUUCCUCCCUCCUGAGGGCUAUUGUCUUUCUGCGAAGACCAGGGUUUGCAGAAGUCCUGUUGGAAGAAACCUACCAGGGUCAAAUCCAUGUGCAGGGACUGCUUUGGGGGCGAAGGGGCUAAUUCCUGGGGGAAGGGAGGAAUGGGGAGCAGAAUUCCCCUUUGCACAGAAGGGGCAGCCCAGAGGAGCCCGGCAUUUGUUGGAUUGCCCUAGAUAUCAGUUGGGCAGGAGGAUGUGGGUGUGUUCUUUUCCCACUGUUGUUUCUUCUGUUUGAGAAAUCUCUCAUUCUGCACUGCUUUUGGCUUGAUCUGAAAUUAAUUAGUACUGAAGUGUUAUUUCCAUUGACUACAAUGAAGUUUGGUGUAAUAUACCAACAAAGGUAAAUAGUUGCAAUAAACCAUAUGCACAACAAUUGGUAUUUCUGCAGGGUUUUUUUCCCCCCAAUUCUAUUUUUGAUUGAGUUACUCUCAUUUGGAAUCAACUUGCUUCGUUAUGAACAGUCAUUACCGACGUCAAAAGCAUCUAGCUGAGCUUCGUUGUUACUCCACUGCAGACCAAACCAGCAACACAUCAUGCGGUAACUUCAAAUUAACAAACCAAUGAUCUGUAUAAUCACUUCAUUUUAAUACAUGCACGAAAUAGCCUUUCUUAUGUCAUCCCUGAAAUUCCUCCCUAAGCAGAAUAUUCCUUCAGUAUACAGUGGGCUUGUAGAAACUUCCUGACCGCAAUUGGGGCCAGAAGUUCAGUCACUAAGCAAUAUGGUUGUUAAGUGAGUCAUCAGGUGACUGGAUCCAAUUGUAUAACCAGUUUUACCAUGGUUAUUAAGCGAAAACCCCGCCUCCUCUCAACGUGUAUCUUUCUCCCUUCCUAUCUGUCAAUUUUUAAAUCAGUUUUAGUGUUAAUAUUGUUUUAAUGUUUUGUCUUGUUUUUAUGGCUUGUAAGCUGUCUAGAGUCACCUGGAUGAGAUGGGCAGCAUAGAGGUUUAAUAAAUAAUGACCGCAAUUGUUAAGCGAGUCACAG